AUGUAUCCGUUUCUCAACAUUCCUCCUAGUUAUCCAAAUCAUAGUUAUUCUAUCUACAGACAUUCUGACCCAUAUCAAAAUAAUUAUUCUUGUAAAAUUCCUGAAAGAAGUCAUUUAUAUGCAAAAAAUAUUAAACCACCUCAAAUUGCUUUGUCCAGUCAAACUAUUUACCGAUUUCGUUCAUUUACUCUUACACUUACUGUUUCUGAAGAUUGGAGAAUUAUUAAUCAUCUUCGUCCUGAAGAUGUAAUUAAAGCAGUUAUGUCUGCUACUUGUCAUAAAGAAAGUGCUAUUGAGAAUCAUUUAAGUGACGAAGUAAAAAGUUGUAAAAUAUGUCAAUCAGACAGAAGAAUAAUUGAAAUAGAUCAUUGUGAUCAAAACCAAAUUGGUCCAGUAACUACACAGGAUGGUUUAGAAAAAUAUACGUUCAAUAAAUGUAAGUCUUAUUGUUCUUCUUCAAGAAGUCAUCAUCAUAGUCGUCUUUGUCUUGUUAUUAAUGGACUUCCAGGAGGACCUUAUUAUUCUGCACCAUUUGUUCUACAAGCCCGAGAAAAAAGAAGCAUUAAACCAUCUCUAGAAGAAUUUAAAUUAACAGAAAACAAACAACAAUUAUCAGUUACAUCAGAAGAACGAGAUAUUCAUACAAUAAAAGAAGAUGGGAUUGAUCUAAAUGAAGAGAGUGGAACAGAAGUUAUAGUCACCACUAAAAAUGAAAAUGCAGUAGUAAUAUUAUUAUAUAUGAAUAAUAUAGAUAUCAUUAAUCAAAUCUCUGAGCAUUUCACUGCUAGUCUUAAAAAAAUAGAUGGAGUAAUAACGGUUAAAACAAAAGCACAAAAUAAAAACAUUUAUUUUUGUGUGUUUAUAGAUCAAGAUGAAAGUUUAGAAAAAGUAACUCAAUAUACAAAUGACUAUAUUAAAAAUAACACUGGAAGUGAAAAUGGAUUUAAUGCUAAUUUAUUAACUAUUGGAAUCAUUCGAAAUUUCUUAAUCAGUGAUAGUAAAAAUUAA